AUGAAGGUCAUCAUUGUCGGCGCAGGCAUCGCCGGGCUCUCCCUAGCCAUUUCCCUCACAAGACACAACCACCAAGUCGUACUGGUAGAGUCAGCACCGCAGUUGGCAGAACUCGGCGCCGGAGUACAAUUGACUCCGCAAGCCAUCAAGUAUCUAUUCAAAUGGGGCCUCAAGGACGACUUGCUGGCCGAGUCCAUCGUCCCCGACUGCAUGUACAUUCGGCACUACCAAGACGGCCGUCUCCUCGGCACCAUACCCGUCGAUCAAAUGGCCGCGCGGUACGGCGCACCCUACAUCGUCGUCCACCGCGCCGUAUUGCACUCCAUCCUGCACAAGCACGCGGCCGACGGCGGAGCAGAAAUCAGGACAGGCGCCCGAGUUGUCACGUACGACUUUGCCGCCGGCGCAGUCGAGCUCCAUACGGGCGAGAGGCUCGAGGCAGACAUUGUUGUUGCCGCUGACGGCAUCAACUCGCUUGCGCGGCAGCAGCUGCUGGGCGCUUCGGAUCCCGGCAGUCGCCCGACGGGAUGGGCUGCGUUUAGAAUGUCUGUGGAGAUGGGCAGAGUCCGAGACGACCCUGUGCUUGCGCACGUCACGGGCUUGGAGUCUGGAAGCUCAAAUUUUUGGAUCGCGCCGCAUAGGUCGUGCAUGACGUAUCUUGUCAAAGGGGGGACCAUGCUCAACAUUGUCUUGUCGCAUAGGGAUGAUGUCGACACAAGAGGCUUCUCGCUGGAGCAAUACAAGCAAACUGUUGACGAGCAGUUUCGAAACUUUGACACACCCGGGGGGGCUAGUGUUCGCAGAUUGUUAGACUUGUCAGGUCCAGAGAUUAGCAACUAUCCCGUUUACGAGGUUCCGCCGCUUCCAAAAUGGGUGCAUUCGUCGGGCCGCUUCACCUUGAUGGGAGACGCAGCGCACGCCAUGGCCUUUUAUAUGUCCAUGGGCGUGAGCCUCGCCGUGGAAGAUGCGACUGCCCUUGCUACGGCGUUGAAUUUCGUCGAGGCCAAGGCCAACUCCAAGGCGCACGGGUCGGCUCCAACACUGGCAAGUUGUGCAGGCAAGGAGAUUCUAAGAAAGGUAAUGCAUGGGUUUCAAAAGGUUCGUAUGAGGCGGGUAUUGGCUGUGCAAAGGGCUAGCCUGUAUGCCGGCGACACGCUUCACGUGGAGGACGGUGACAAGAGGGUGGCGCUGUAUGAAGCCUUGCGACAAUCGGACAAGGCCUUUUUGCAGCCGCCCAUGGACCCAAACCAGAUCGUCGAGCAUACUAUUCAAAUUGUUCCUGGUGAGCCGGAGCGUUGUGGUCUGGGGGGGAUAUCUGACAAAGCUACGCGCGAUUGGUGCUAUGAUUUUGAUGCAGAUGGCGAUGUCUUGUCGGCUAUUGAGAUGGCGGACGUUUGA